AGUAACAUGGUGCAAGUGACUGUUUCAUAAAAAUUUCAUCAAACCACAAAAUAAAAGCUUCGCGAACUUAACAAGUGUUUAUUAUAAAAUUUACAUAAGAGUUAGACCACAUAAAUCAAUAGAAUAUGGAUGAAUAUUCAAGAGAACCUUGCCCGUGGCGUAUUCUGGACGACUCUGGCGGUGCAUUUAUAAUGGGGGCCAUCGGUGGCGGGAUAUUCCAUUCGAUAAAGGGCUUCAGAAAUGCACCUAUAGGAUUCAAUCGGAAAUUGAUUGGCAGUUUAGCAGCUAUGAAAGAGAGAUCUCCUAUUGUAGCAGGGAACUUUGCCGUCUGGGGUGGCAUGUUCUCCACAAUUGACUGUACACUAGUAUACCUCCGGCAGAAAGAAGACCCUUGGAACUCAAUCACGAGCGGUGCACUGACAGGUGGCAUUCUAGCAGCUAGGAAUGGUGAGAACUGUAGUCAUUUUAGAUAAUGAAAUGGAAGAACA